AUGUCCCAACUCCACUGCAAGCUUCUCAUUUGGAUGCUGUCAUUUGUCCUCAGACUGAUGAUGACCGCGAAUUUCGUCUCUACUCUCAGCUGUUACGAUUGCCUGAAUUGUGAGGACAGUGCAACUGGAGCUGCUGAGUGCGCGGACACUGACACAAUGACCUGUGUAUACGGAGCUGGAUAUUUCGUUAACGGAACAAGAGCUUUUUUAAGAAAAUGUUAUCCAACACAAUAUGACGACGGUAAAGCCAAAUGUGAUACGAAACCUAGCAUGGAUUACGGUCAAGUUACCUACUACAACAUAUCUUAUUGCAAAUGUACAGAUAAUUUAUGUAACGGUAAAAAGUUGGAAGAAAUUACGACUAAAGUUACGACUGAAGUUACGACUAAAGUUACGACUGCUGUAACACCUGAAACUGAAACAACCAGCCCGAAAAAAUGUGCCUGUGAUGUGUUGGCUCCUACUGCAACUUCCACGCUUGCGUUUCUAUUUCUCACAGUUUUGCUAAUUUUGUAA